AUGAGACUGGCCGCGUAUGCUGGGGCCUCGGUGGUCCUAGCCACUGGUGUGUUUCUAAAAGCUCUUCAUCAGAGGUCCAAUUUCUAUUCGGCGUGCGUCUAUCUCUCUCAGAGUAGUGCGAAUCUUAUGAUCCUCACGAAUUUAUGCCUUCUCAUCACCGGUUUUGUACUAUUCUGGCUCCAGCGACUUCUUUACGGACCCUUGCGACCAAUCGAGACCGAGCAACUAUACGAGCGGGCCUGGUUUGCCGUCACCGAAACAUGUCUGGCCAUGACCAUCUUCCGAGGCGAGCUUGGAGGCUGGUUUCUGGUCAUGUUCAUUUCGCUGCUGGUCGGCAAGGUCUGGGGCUGGAUUGGCGAAGGCCGCGUUGAGUUCUUAGAGCAACAGCCGCCGGCUAAUCCCCGGUUAUUCCAUGCUCGACUAGCGACGUCUCUCGUGCUAACGGUGCUAUUUGACGUUUUCAUGUUGCGGUACUGUGUGCACACCGUAAUUACUCUGGCACGUCCAGAUAUGAUGGUGAUGUUUGGAUUCGAAUUCGCGAUCUUGGCGAUCCUCUCGACUUCCACCCUCCUGCGAUACGUUAUCGCGUUGACCGAGAUAUCCAUAACCCGCCAGCAAAUCAAAGCUAAGAUGCAGGAACGUCGGGAUGAGAUCCGCGUUGCGCGUGUUGAGGCGAUUCGAGAACAUGCCCGCGCGGGAGCUGCCUCUCCUCCCGACAAUCUUCCGGACGAAAACGACAUCAAUGAGAUGGAGAUUGAUGUACCCGGAUGGGAGGAGAAGGGUCGUUGGGUUUUCUACUUGGAUCUUUUAACCGAUUUGUUGAAACUCGUGAUUUACUUGAGCUUCUUUGGUAUCCUGCUCACUUUCUAUGGCCUUCCCAUACACAUCCUGCGAGACGUUGUUGUGACCAUCCGUUCAUUUACCCGUCGUAUUAUGGACUUCAUGCGUUACCGAAAUGCGACAAGGGACAUGCACCAGAGGUAUCCGGAUGCAACGGCAGAGGAAGUCUCUCGGGAAGAUGUGUGUAUCAUCUGCCGCGAGGAAAUGAUUCCAGUUCAGCCGGCGCAACCACAACCGGCGGCUAAUGCUGCUGGAGAGCCUGCACCACAGCCGGCCGCUGCAACGCAGCGUGUUCCUGACCGCCUGCGUCCAAAGAAGCUCCCAUGUGGCCAUAUCUUGCACUUUUCGUGUCUCCGAAGUUGGCUUGAGAGGCAACAAAACUGCCCAACAUGUCGACGUCCUGUUAUAAUACCCCAGCGAACUCGUGGAGCUGCCGGAGCUGGAGACAAUAACGCACGUGGGGGUCAGAAUGGUGGCAUCCAGCCAGGCCAACAAGGUGCAGAUGCACAACCUCGUGCUCGGGUUUAUCAGCUCGGGCCCUUCCGUGUCGGCUUUGGUGCUGUGCGUGGGGAUUUAUUCAACAAUCUUCACCCACAGGGCCACCAAGGUAACGCGCCGCAGCCUGGGGCACCCGCGAACGCCCCUGGGGGACAAAUUGGGUUUGGAUUUGGGUUCGGGCGCCGUCCCCAUGCCCCCACCCCGGCUCCCGCCCCACAAGGUGCUGCUCCGGUGGGUUCUACCACUGCUGAAAUCAAUGAGCAGUUGCUGCAGAUCGAGCAACGACUCAAUCAAGAGAUUGCCACUCUUCGGGCUGCCACAGAGCAUCUAAAUCACGUGCGCCAACUUCGGGUGGAACUAGAGCGGUUGCUUGCUCAAGCAAGGGCCGUUAACCAACAAGCUGCCGGUCAACCACGUGUCGGUCAGCCAGGCCCGCUUCCCCCCGUGACCCCGGGAUCUUCUGUCUUGACAACGGGUCACCAGUACGGAGCAAACCCAGGCGCCGAUGUUCUAAACUCUGGAGACCCUCGUUUGCCGGAAGGGCUCACUCUUCCUCCUGGUUGGACCCUCCUUCCUCUCCAGCGCUUGGAUAAUGGUGCCAACGGUGUGGAACAGACAGUACAACCCACGCCUACCACUACAGUGAUAUCCCCAGCGGCGCCAGCCGUGACCAGUCCUGUAGCAGCUCAACCCCCUGCAUUCCCCGUACCUGUUCAGGGUCAAACGAGCGGGGACGUCGGAGUAAAUGCGCGUGGCAGCACCAACGCUGAAACCUCCCCCGUAAAUGGAAUCUCUAAUCCACCAGUAUUGCAGCCCACACCCACCGUCCCUUCAGUCGAAAAUCGUGCAGAAUCCCCAUCUCAAGAAUGGACCGACGUUGCCCCUAGAGGGUCCUUCGAGGCCAGGCAAGCUUCCUCCAUUCCAACUACAUGGGGUAGCAACGAGCAAUCUUCAAAUAGUGUCUCUGGCCAAGCCGAGACUCAGCCCGAGUCCGCAUCCAACGGCAAAGGCCGGACCGCAUCAGUUGAAGAAACACCCGACGAAGAAGCUUGA